AUCCACCACUCUGAAGCACCCAACAGACUAAAUGGCUCUCUCGUAUCAUUUUUUUCUCUUCACUUGUCUUCUCCUUUCCAUCUCUAUCUCUCCCUCCAUCGCUCAAACUUCUUUUAGACCAAAAGCUUUAGUCCUUCCCGUCUCCAAAGACUCAUCAACUCUGCAAUACCUUACUCCACUCAACCAAAGAACUCCCUUUGUGCCUGUAAAAUUGACUUUUCAUCUCGGAGGUCAGUUUCUCUGGGUUGAUUGUGAACAAGGCUAUGUCUCAUCUUCCUACAAACCAGUACGUUGCCGCUCAGCUCAGUGCUCACUCGCCCGGUCCAAGUCUUGUGGAGAGUGUACUCCUUCACCUAGGCCAGGUUGCAACAAUGAUACGUGUUGUCUCCUUCCAGAUAACCCUGUUAUAGACACUGGCACCAUCGGUGAGCUUGCCCAGGAUGUUGUGUCUAUUCAAUCUACUGAUGGGAAGAACCCCGGAAGAGUUGUUUCAGUGCCUAAGUUUUUGUUUACUUGUGGAGGGACGUUUCUUUUAGGUGGUCUUGCUAAUGGUGUUAAGGGUAUUGCUGGUCUUGGAAGGACUAGAAUUUCACUUCCUCCUCAAUUCUCUGCCGCUUUCAGUUUUGAUAGAAAGUUUGCAAUUUGCUUGAGUUCGUCAACAAGAGCUAAUGGUGUUGUCAUCUUCGGUGACGGGCCUUAUGUAUUGCUUCCUGGUAUGGAUGUUUCCAAGUCUCUCAUUUACACCCCAUUAAUCCUCAAUCCUGUGAGUACAGCAGCCGCUUCUUUUGAGGGUGAACCUUCAGCCGAAUACUUCAUCGGAGUAAAAUCCAUUAAAAUCAAUGGAAAUGCUGUCAAACUAAACACAUCAUUACUGUCCAUUAACAAAGAAGGAUUUGGUGGAACCAAGAUCAGCACUGUUAAUCCUUACUCAGUCAUGGAAACAUCAAUCUACAAUGCUGUUAUUCAAGCCUUUAUCAAAGAGGUAGAAAACAUCCCUAGCGUUGCAGCAAUUGCACCUUUUGGGGCCUGCUUUAACUCUACAUUCAUUGGAAGCACACGUGUUGGACCGGCAGUGCCCCAGAUUGAUCUAGUGUUGCAAAGUAGCAGUGUGUUCUGGAGAAUUUUCGGUGCAAAUUCUAUGGUGCAAGUUAAAAGCGAUGUGUUGUGCCUUGGAUUUGUGGAUGGUGGAUUCAACCCAAGGACUUCAAUAGUAAUCGGAGGGCACCAACUGGAAGACAAUCUUCUGCAGUUUGAUCUGGCAACAUCAAAGCUCGGGUUCAGCUCUUCUCUCCUGUUCCGGCGAACAACUUGCGGCAACUUUAACUUUACCUCUAAUUAGAGGGUCUCCUGUAUUAUUAUCCCU